AUCUGUGUUUUCCCCCUUCCUUUCCUCUUCUGUGGUUAGGGUUUCUCUUUAUCCUCCAAAUCUGGGUUAGGGGAAGCUGAACACGCAACCAUAUGAUCAACACUUGACCAAGUCUUGACUAGUAUGCCGGGAUGUGCAGAUCAGUUUGGGUGGGUAGGGGAGAAGGUGGAACAGUUGAAAGAGGGGAACAAGUGGCUGGUUGUGGGGAUUUGCUCAUGGAUCGAGUAUGAGAGGAACGAAGAGGAACAGACGACAUAUGGAAUGGCGGAAAGGAAGAUCUGGUGUCCAAUCGAGCGGUGGUGAUGAGAUAGUCCGAUCGUGUGCAAAGGAAAGAAUCGAGGGAGGUGGGAGGUGUGGUUGAGCAGCAGGGGAGUCCAUUACUGGCCCCCUAACCCACUAAUAUCAAGGCUACAACCUUGUGCUGAGAUGUUGCCACCACCGUUGUUUUUUUAGCUUCGAUUAUAUCUCUUUCUUUCAGAUCUCGUUUGUUUACUUUUUCCUUAGAUUCAUGUCUUUAUGUUUCCUGUCUGCAAAUCAUUUUAGUGGACUAAUUUUUAGCCAGUUUUAUUCAGAUUUGACCUUUAAUUUAGUGUACUUGAUGUUAGAGUCGUAAAAGGGAGGAGUUAAAGGAGUUAGAAGGUUACAGGGAAGACUUAAAAGCAGAUAUCUGUGUUCAUUUUGGCAUUUCCAGAAGUUAAAGUAAAGCCAAACACACAACUUUCCGGCAUGAUUCUGCUUAUUUUUGUUUUGAGUAGCCUUUACUUUGUAAGAAAAGGGAAAAUCA